AUGAAGCUUCUUGCCUCUGUCACUGCAUGCUUCCUCCUUAGUUUCCUCUAUUCUGGGCAAUGCCUCGCCCUGAAUGUCCUGUCUCGUGGGCUUCACCGUCGCUCUGUGAUAUCUUUGGCUUCGGGGGCGUUUGUUGGCUUGGCACACCAUGAGGCCGCGUCAGCAGCCUCUCCUGCCAACCCCUCGGAGGCCAUAAGACGAUCCGCUGCAAAUAUCCCUGGCUAUGGCCAAUCAGAUGUAUUUUAUCCUUCUUUCUUUCAAGGAAAUUGGAGAGUCAAGCGCACAAUCCUCCUACCAGAAAAUGAUGGACUCACUUUGGACUAUUCGGUCCGAUUUUUGCCAUCCAUUGAAGAUGGAGCUGUUGUGGCGGACAGAGGUUGGAAUCAAGCCAAUUUGGAAAUGGCCAUUCGAGCCUUGACCACGAAAACUCCAGACGAUGCCGCCAUGCCUUCCUACCAGUGGACAGAGACAAACCCCAACGAUCUUCGGCUGACAUUCCCGGAUGGGACCCAAAAGGAAAUAAAAGUCACCAAACGAGCCACAGAAAAGACAGAAGAAGGAGUUUUCAGCUCUGAGUUUCAAAGGGUUACGCAAGAAGAUUUCAGGGGCAUCCCAGUGAUUUCAGCUCGACGCGUCAUGUCCAAGUAUAAAGUGGUCGGAUCAUCCAUUGAAGGGAUGGAAGUCGUUUAUGAUGCAGGUGGCAUUGGAGAUCCCUUGGCUGGCCCGACCAACGCAGGCAACGCAGGAGACUCCUCCCAACCCAAAAUUCUAACCAAAUCAAAACUUUUGUUGGAACGUACACAAUAG